AUGUGGGAGAAAAUUGUCAAACGUUGCACAGAGUAUUGAAUCAUUUGAACGCGCACGUAAGUUAGUAAAGUUAACUCCAAUAAAAAUGUUUUAUACUCCGCAAAAAAGCUUAUUAGAAGAAGUAUAUGGGAAUGCUCAGCCAAAUUUCCCCCUUUUAGUUCAAAAUCUCAAUGCUCUCGCUACAGCCACCGGAAACGUGACUUUGGAAUUAUCCCGGCUACCGAAUAUCCCGACAACUAACGUCGCUGUACAAGUAAAUCAAAUAUUGCGAAACCAACAACAAAUGACGGGAACUCUACGAAGGAUUCGACGAGAUCUACAAACUGUUCGACGAGAUCUACGAACUGUUCAACAGACCCAGAGAACCGAUCAUAGACGCCUAAGACGAAUCCGACGUUCAAUCCAAGCACUAGACGUCCGUUCUUUUUGCAGGACGGUAAAUUCUCGAAUAAGUAAUCCACGCGAAAGAAUAGAAGUUCUGCCAAAUCUUCGAAAUGUGCUUCCCAACAACUUCCCCGCGAAUGUUUCCCAACUUCGGAGAGCGAAUGGUAUAUAUAAUAUAUAUAGCCAACAUGAUUUUACUUUUUAAUGAUUCUAAUGGUUGGUAAAUUGCUUUUUAAAUCUACAGGGCAAACUAUCGAUAACCUCCUAGCCUUUUAUGGCUUACAAGUUGGUGGAGGUUUAGUACGAGAUCGGAGAAGGCGUUUGGCAGAGUACAUAGGCGUAAAAGUGUUGUAGUUGUCACCAAGAUCUCUAGUUUCUUUUUAUGUAGUCAAAAGUAACCACGAUUUAUCU